UUCUGCCAUGAACGCUACUGAGUAUACCUCGUCUCCCCCCACAGCAGACGAUGACAGAGCUGCUAGUGAUGACAUUUGCAUCACCACUGCUCCGGCGACUGAUAUCCCUUCACAACUGACGAAGGCACAGUCAUCGGCACCCACUCUGGAAGAGGUCCUCACUCAGACCUCGACCACUGACACACUUAUAUCGUCGAUCGCCGGCACUGUUGAAGACUUCGCGGGAAAAGACGAAGCCUUCAGAAAAGAGCUCCGCAAGCGGCUCUUCCAACUUGUACUCAAGAAAUAUGCUUGGUGGUCCGCCCGCCUUGUGCACGAGCGCAACGUUCAUAACUAUGACUUGGAGCGAGAAAUCACCGAGUUGCAGCAGGCCGAAGUAGAAAGAGAUCGUCUGCAUGCGAAGCUCUCGGAGUUGUUUGCCAUGGUCAACAGAGCUGUCGAACUUUCAAGGCAAUUCUGAGAGAUUACUAGUGUCACA